AUGAUCAGAUCCACCAGUAACUGUGGCUCAAGCCUCUUUUUCACCGAAAAUGUGGUCAGCAAUUACAUGUCAUUCAUUGGGUUAACCCAAUAUGAUUGGGAAAAUCCGACCAUGAUGGACGGCCCAGAUGAUCCAGACCCCAAAACUGCCAAGCAGGCCAGAGGCACCAUUCAGUAUGGGCCAGAUGAGGAGGACCCUCGCCAAGCCGAAGAGCCCUACAGACGCUUCAUAGGCAUCGUUCUUUACGGCGAUAAUACGUUUGGCUACAAGAUACAUGUCAACAUGCUUUUGACAAGCCACGGAAACCCUGUCCCAAAGUCCCGAUCAAAGUCAUAUUGA